AUGGCGUCUCUCGAGUUGCAGCCCAGCUCGUCUGGACAAGAUGAGGUUGAGAAGAUGCCAGGCCGGAAUGCAGAUAUCGAUCUUGUCGAGAGGGAAGGGCACGAAAGAGGAACCACACACGCCGAGUCAAUGGCUGCGCGUCUUUCUAAAGCCCAUCGUGACUAUUUGAUGGAGCGGCAUGGAACGUUGGAACUCGAUCCAAUCCCCGGGAUGAGUCCAGCUGACCCUUACAACUGGCCUGAGUGGAAGAAAAUGACGAACCUCAUCCUUGUGGCUUUCCACGCUUGCAUGGGCACAUUUACUGCCGCUGGUAUUAUCCCUGCCUAUCUAGACAUCUCCAAAGAGCUUGGCAUCAGCAUGCAGGACACAAGUUACCUGACCUCCCUGCAGAUUGCCAUUCUUGGUGGCGCGCCUCUUUUUUGGAAGCCGCUUUCUAAUCGCUAUGGUCGUCGGCCCAUCUUCCUAAUUUCACUCAUCUGCAGCCUGCAUUUUUUCAUCUCACCUGCCUCGGCGAUCGGCAGCGCAGUUGUGAUGGAAACGACGUUUAAGAAAGAUCGCGCCCGUUACAUGGGCGUUUGGACCUUGAUGAUUACCCUAGGUGUCCCUAUAGGCCCAUUCAUUUUCGGCUUUGUCACUUACCGCGUUGGGCAUCACUGGAUCUAUUGGAUCCUGGCAAUAAUCAACGGCGUCCAGUUCAUCUUGUACCUGUUCCUCGGUCCAGAGACUCGCCAUCUAGGCGGCGGCACCGACAGCCAUGAAUCAGUGAUGAAGACCGAGUACAUGUCCUUCCGCCGAAUCGACCCUACACCAUUCUCAUGGUACGAGUUCAUUCGCCCGCUCACACUGGCUCGGCACCCGUCAAUCCUCAUCCCAGCAUGCGCAUACGCCAUGGUCUUCCUCUUCGGCAACAUCCUCGCCACCGUCGAAAUACCACAACUCCUACAAGAGAAGUUCGCGCUCAAUGCCGAACAGCUAGGCCUGCAGUUUCUCGGCGCAAUCAUCGGCUCUGUAAUCGGCGAGCAAAUGGGCGGCGUGCUGUCAGACUUCUGGAUGAGCCGACGCAGCCGACGCAUCGACCGUCAAGCCGAACCCGAAUUCCGUCUAUGGCUCAGCUAUUUUGGCUUCGCGCUCACUAUCAUCGGUAUGAUCGUCUUUCUAGUCUGCACGCAGGAAUCACCCAGUGGGCACUGGAGUGUCUCGCCCAUUAUUGGCACGGCAAUCGGUGCUGUCGGAAAUCAGCUUGUCACCACGGUGAUGAUCACCUAUGCUAUCGAUUGCUUCCCGCAAGAGGCUGCUAGCAUUGGUGUGUUUAUCACUUUUGUGCGACAGAUCUGGGGCUUCCUUGGUCCAUUCUGGUUCUCUGCCAUGUUCGAGAAUGUCGGUAUCGCACCCAGCGCGGGGGUUGGUUCAGCACUCGUCGUCGCUGUCAGUGUUAUUCCCACUAUUUUCCUGCACUGGCGAGGCAAAGUUUGGCGUAGUGAGGAGUAG